ACGCCACAUGGCUGACUCUGAGAGUUUGUGAAACAUCGAGAUGGUAUUAAUGCCCUUGAUGGAAUAUCUGGUGGUAGCAUCACUCAUGAAGAUGGAAAGACGUAAAAGAACAGGUAAGUGGAGCCGUGUCUUGGAAUUGCACACGUGACUACACAUGCUAACAAUGGAUUCGCCAGAUCGACAUAAGCAAGUGACGAUAGUGGUACUGUGGGGCUUCUAUUGAUAUACUGUAUGCAAGCAGGAUCAUGUUUCAGUUGUCACUCACGAAAAGUUCGAUGUGAUGCCCAAGAGAUUGGGUUUCCGUGUACAACUUACAGAUCACGUGAUAACUUAUGUACACCUCACGUAAGGCUUCGCCGCAAGACAAAAUCACGGCUCGUUUCAUCUCCAUCGUCGUCUUGUACAGUGCGGCAAUCUCUUCAUAUGAGAAAAGAAUAGAGAGCCUUUCAUCAAGCACUGAUGCUGCUGCCGAGAACGAUGAUAAGGAACAUGAUCUUCGCAGACACCUCGUCGAGCUCAUUGAACGAACAGAGCUUCUUAGACCACCCAUCGACCGAUCUACUCGACUGACAUAUAUCGGUACCGACGUCUCUAAUUUUAAUCACCUUAUACGGAACCAGUUCGAUAUGUUGAUUACGGAUCUGCACCACUUUCCAAUCAACCGCAUAACCCGCCGUAGUAUGAUGAGUGGGCCAGGGACGAUACCAGAUGAUGCUCUCCAGCGAUUGAUACGACCGGUGUACACAAGACAACCACACACUGGGUCUGGCCUCUGGCUCGCAGCCAUCAAUCCUACAAUCAGGAAGCCCGAUUUGCGAAAGACUGGAUCCAUGGCUGUGUCAAAGGACUCAAGUGGUUCGAUCGUCUACAUAAAGUCGUUGUCUGGUUUGCAGCAGAGUACGGAAUGGUUAUCACAAGUGCCAAGCGGUAGUGAGAUCAUGCUGCACUCUCGAGCUUGCACAAUGGCCUGACAGCCUAGAAGAAUAUGCGCACACUGUAGUUUUCCAUUUCUAUACAACUCUUUCUCUGGUAAAUCCAUAGACCAAAGUGACCAAUGGUUCGUCUUCACU